AUGCCUUCUUCAGUCAAGAGUUGGUUCGCUCGUCACUGUGCACCUCCUCCACCAAUGACCAACAACCCUCUAUGCCCAUGCACAACCUGCUUCAACGGUGGUUCACACUCCAACAACUCAGCAUCAUUCUCCAUGUCCUCCUCAUCACAAUCAUCAACCGUUGACUCAGACAAUGCAUCACUCAGCAGUGGUACAACAUACGCUGCAUCCUCAUACAUUGAGACCCCCACCAAGCAAUAA